GUGGCGCUGCCAUAGUUAGCAAGAUGGCAGCAGUUCACGCUGAUUCUGUUCAGGAUCAAAAUGUGGAAGUAAACGACGCAGACAACGAAGAUGAACGCGACGAGGCCGCUGAUGGAGAAGUGGAAGGAACUGCUACCGAAGCAACUAAGAAAAAGAAGAGGAAGCGUAACCGCAAGAAGAAGGGAGGCGGAGCUCAGACUGAAGCAGCUGUUCCUAAUGGGGAUACUGUGAUAGAUGAUAUUGCUGCAGUUACUGAAAAAUUAAGUCAGCAGCAAGUGACAGAAGGUGUAAAAGAUAACAAUGCUGAAGGUGUAUUAGAAGAAGCUGCUGAUAACACAGCUUCCAAAAAGAAAAAGAAGAAAAAGAAAAACAAAGCUGGAAAUCAAGCGCAAGGAGACACAACAGCAGUUCCACCAGUACAAAAGGGUAGGAAAGAACAGACAGAUCCACCAUCUGUACCGAUCACUGAGCUAUUUCCAAAUGGUAUCUACCCUGAGGGUGAGAUCUCAGAACAUCCAGUUCCAAAAGAAGAAGAACAUCACGAUUGCCACGGUGACUGUCAGGGAGGAAAUGACGACCGAUCAGCGAAAGACAGGUUCACGAAUGAGGAGAAGAGAGCCAUGGACCGACUUCAGCAUGAUGUCUACAACGACUUCAGGAGGGCGGCGGAGGCGCAUCGACAGACGAGGAAAUAUGUUCACAGCUUCGUGAAGCCAGGGCUGACAAUGAUCGACAUAUGUACGAGGAUAGAGGAGUCGAACCGUAAGCUCAUUCAGGAGAACGGACUGAAGGCUGGGCUGGCGUUCCCCACCGGCUGCUCACUGAACUACUGUGCAGCUCAUUAUACGCCUAACGCAGGCGAUCCGACAGUACUGCAGUACGACGACGUAUGCAAGAUUGACUAUGGCAUCCACGUCAACGGUCGUAUUAUUGACUGUGCAUGGACAGUGGCCUUCAACCCAAAGUACGACACACUUAUCCAGGCAGUGAGAGAUGCAACGUAUACUGGAAUUAAGGAGGCAGGCGUGGAUGUGCGUCUGUGUGACGUAGGAUCAGCCAUCCAGGAGGUGAUGGAGUCGUAUGAGGUGGAGCUGGACGGUAAAACCUUCCAAGUAAAGUCGAUUCGGAAUUUAAACGGUCAUAGCUUAGGCCAGUACCGAAUCCAUGCUGGGAAAACUGUACCGAUAGUGAAAGGGGGCGAAGCGAUCAGAAUGGAGGAGAAUGAGUAUUAUGCGAUCGAGACAUUUGGCAGCACGGGUCGAGGCGUGGUCCACGAUGACAUGGAGACAUCUCACUACAUGAAGAACUAUGACAUCGGUCAUGUGCCACUAAGGCUGGCAAGGUCAAAGCAACUUCUAAACAUCGUCAAUCAAAACUUUGGCACGUUGGCAUUCUGUCGGAGAUGGUUGGACAGACUCGGUCAGACAAAGUACCUGAUGGCUCUCAAGAAUCUUGGUGACAUGGGUAUUGUGGAUCCGUACCCACCACUGUGUGACGUGAAGGGUUGCUACACAGCCCAGUUUGAGCACACGCUGCUGCUGCGUCCCACAUGCAAAGAGGUCGUCAGCAAGGGAGACGACUACUGAUGGCAAGGCCCCACGUCCCGUACGCCCAGCUAAAAGUGCCUGCAACCACUCGUAGCAGGUUUGUCGGUGGUAGCGCCACCUGCAGGCAGUAGGGGGAAAUGCAGCUGGUGGCGCUCAUCUCUUGGUAAAUCUGCCACGGUGAGUUCUGGAUGUGGAGAUAUGGGCAACGAUAAUGGAUACGGAUGGUAUUUUUUCAGAGUUACAAAAUGCAAUCUGUUCACAUUCAGUGUUACAACACGAUUGCAUCCGGUCAGCCACUUUGGUUGAUUUGUUCAGCAGUGCUAAUUACUGAAUUAACUGCUGUUGUCAGUUGCGUUGUGCUAAUUGCAUUAUCCAAGUAUAUAUGCUUAUGAACUUGUGUUUACCACUGCUACUGGAGAAAUUUGUUACAUCGUGUUCAGUCACGUUGUUUCAUAGUAGUGACAACUAUUUUGAUAAUUAAAUGUUUAGCGUUAUGACGCAUAUCAUGGGCGUUGUAGAGAACUCUGCAGUAUGAGAGGUGAUCGAGUCAACAUCAGCAACUGUGCGCUCAUAUACUGGCAGGUGGCCCCCCUUAUCUAUCGUGUUGAGUUUUUGUAGAUAGCUUUGAUUAUCGACAUUUUUUAAGACUUGCGUAGUUUUUUUUUGGAAAUGAGGAGCACAGACAUGUAAUGAGUGCCAUAAAUUCUCUAAUAGUGUGCACGACAUGCUGCGUAAUAUAUGAUGAAAAUGUCGAGCAUGUAUUUACUUGGAGCUUCCUGAUUAUCACAUUUAUCGUCGAGUGUCUAGUAUUUUUUCUUCCAAAACCACCAAUACUGCUAUCAUCCAGAACACGUCUAUGACACUAGUGUUGCAGAUAUGUGCAUGGAUGACUACAUGUGUUAUGACGGCAAGAACGGGGGUCUUGUUGCAACAAGUUGGUGGUGUGGUCGUAUGCAGCUGCUGCUGGUCAUAUCGUUACAAUUAAUGUCCUCAAGUUACAGUCACGUUGUGCUUGUCAUAUACAGAGGGUACAGUCUCAAGUAAACUGUCUACGCAGAUGUCAUAUAUGUCAUAUUCCGUAUAUUUUGGUGUGGAAGAAUUGAGAGUAAUGUUUCGAUUCCCAGUUUGUAAAAGUGUUAUAUUGUACAUGUAGAUGAUGCCACGUGACAACAGCAUUGUACACUAAUUUGAUGCUGGAUGGAUAUUGCUUACCAGUCCUUUUUAGUUGAUCAUAAGCAGCAAUAGACUUUGUUGCAGAGAAAUAUGUUAAUUUUGCUUAUUACAUUCUCGCAUCCAACUGCACACCUUGACUUUUGGUCCUGAAUUCGGCUCUGCUAAACUUAAACUUAUAAAGAAAUAAGUUAAGGAAAAUGACAAAUCUCUAUUUUUAGUAAUUUAUUCUAAGAUGGUUAACUCACGCUUGUGAAAUUAGUAGUGCUGCCUCCAUCGGUCUAAAAAAACAACACUUGAAUUUUUCCUACUACCUUGCUCCACUCUCAUUAUUGUUAUGGAAUUACUUAGAGGCAAAAUCCUGUGAAUACAAUAAGACAGAUAUUGCACAGUACUCAUGUUGCAUUUAUAGUUUAGUGUUAGUGGUGCUAACAUAACAGUGAUCGCGAUCAUAAUGUUUAACUAAUAACCUGCCUGAACGGGUCGACAGUUAUUUUUCUUCAAAACAUAAAUUCUAGUGUAAUUUCGAGAGUGCAUUGGGGUACAAUGUGUUAGAUAUGUGGUAAGCGUUGUGUUUAGUAGAUGGCGCUUAGUUUGCGUGUGGCGCAUUGCUGACAAUGUAUGGUAGCGUCAUUCGACAUUUGCUUAUUUCUUCCAUUCUCAUAACACUAUUAUUGUUUGGCUAAUCAAAAUCUGUGGUAAUGCAACGCUUCACCACCUACUUUAUAUCUUUUACGUUGGUAUACUUGCUAUUGUGCUUUUCAGUUCUAUAACCAGCAGUGAUUCAUGAAUAUAAAAAUUACGCGCCACUGUCAGGUAAUGAUCAUGUACUCGUAUUUUCAGACAGGUAAUUCGAUCAUGGGAACGUGUAAUAAAAAAACAUGUUUUGUGAAUGGAG